UCUUUAAAGUUGCCACAAAGGGUCAUUGCUUGCGCAAGACACCGAGUAAGCAUUCUACACGCUUGGAUUUCUACUGAGAAGCUCGAUACAGUGCUCGGAGUCCAUGGUUUUAAAGCCGUCUGUUCUUUGGGCACCGUUAAUUCCCCCAUGGUGAGACUGUUUUUGUUUCGUCUGGGAUCACUGUUAGGACUGUUUGGUUUACUGGUUUGGGAAGCGUUUCGUAGUCAAAACGAAGAUAACUUCGCAGGUAAACUUGUCGACAAUCAUAAUAAACAUCUGUCAAAAUUUUUCUUCAUCUACUAUUCAGAUUUCCUCGAUCAGUUUAUUUUUCUUUCGGUUCAAAUAAUCCUUGGUUCUCUCCAGAAGUUGAUUUAAGAAAAAAAAACCACUUAUUUUGCAGAAAAUAACAACUUCAGACGUCACGAUGUAUACAGUUUUCGAGAAAAUACUUGGAAGGUUUGUUUCGUUCUUUCUCCAGGCCCAUAAUUCUUAAUAUUUUAGAUAGAUUUCCGGACUCUUAUAUUAGAACGAGGCAUUGGUAGCGCCCUUUGUAAUGAAACUUGACAUCUGAGAAGUCUAACACUUAAAUCCUGUUCCAGGAGAUUAAACCUUGUUUUUGUCGGAAGUGAAUCGCUUUGCUGGUUCUAAGUCACGUCAACAGUUGCAUUAUCCUUUGACACAUAUUGCAUCCACUCCUGAUUUUGUCCACUGCAAGUUGUAUAUUAGAAACAAAUCUUCCUCAUGAAGAUUUUUUAGUUUAAAUUUUCCAAGGUUGCCCUAGGCUGUAAAAUAAUGACGUAAUCCUCCUUUCCCUUUACGAUUUACGUAAUUCUUUCUUCAAAGAAAAAAAAAACCUUCUGUUUCUUCUCUUAAUUCUUUUUCCAGCAGUGUACAUUGAUAAAACUCUCUUUUUACCAAUUCCAUGUCUACUUACAAAUAUUUGAAAAUUACAGGUAAACGUACCGUAGCCUUAAGAAGGUUUCUGAUUGGCUCAGAAAAUCUGGCCGGCCUACUUCUCAUCACAAACUCAACCAGCCAGAUGUAGGAGUACAUUUUAUCAACUGUAACAUAAUCACACGCGUUUAAUUUUCUCGCGCUUGUCGCUGGCUGCCCGUUAUUUGUCGUCCGUCAUUUUUUCAACAUUAAAUUUGCAUUAUCUACUUAUCGUAAUGUUAGUAUAGUUUGUUUUCGCAGUCAAAUUUCUUAAUAGCAAUGUUUGAGCAAAGCUCCUAGCAGCAAAACACUAACAAGAAAUACCUUAGCCAUGGCAUAGACUCGAUAUUGUGGAGGUUAGAGUUUAAAAAGAUAGAACUCUCUCCUAACUCGGUUUUAAAUACUCCAAAGGCAAGUACAAAGGCCAUUUUUCUUUCAGACAACUGACGAGACCCAGGAGUUGCGGAAAAAGCGCCUCAUUGACUACUGUCACAAGCGAGACCCAAAAGAACUUCUCCCUCCACAUUCAAGCAACGAAAUCCCCGCGUACUAUUUCAGAAACAUCAUUGUGGAUGAUUAUCACAAACUACUCUAUUGUUACAUUCCGAAAGUGGCUUGCUCUAACUGGAAACGAGUGCUCAUGGUUAUGAAUGGUGACGCCGCUGACCCAUGGAGUAUUAAGACCGCGGACGUGCAUAAUCGCAGCUUGGGAUUUUUUCGAUAUUUGAACCAAUACUCUGCGGAGGAGAUUGUUCACAGACUCAGCACUUACUACAAGUUUCUGUUCGUUCGACACCCAUUUGAGCGACUUGUUUCAGCAUACAGAAACAAGUUCAUAGACUCUUACAAUUUGACGCUGUUUAAAGAGAUGUAUGGCAGGCAUAUCAUACGAAAAUAUCGGCAUAAUCCCGAUAUCAGGUCUCUCAAGACGGGAGAAGGUGUGAGCUUUGCAGAAUUUGUUGAAUUUAUUAAUAAUUCUGAGCCCGAGUUUAUGGAUUGGCACUGGAAACUGUACGACAUGCUGUGCCAUCCGUGUUUAAUUUACUACGAUUUCAUAGGAAAGUUUGAAAAUUUAUAUACUGAAGCUGACCAGCUAUUGAACAUUCUCCAGGCGAAUGAUAAAGUACAAUUUCCACACAAUAAGACUUCUAGAUACAAGUUACCCACAAAAGGUCUAGCAAAGGAAUAUUUCAAAUCGCUGCCGAAGCAGACUAGAGGCAAAUUGUAUAACAAGUACAGGCACGAUUUUGAGAUGUUCGGAUAUUCGAUGGAAGAGUACUCCUGA